CCCAUCAGACAGUCAGACAGACAACUCCACAACCCCCCUGUCAACCAAGCCCAUCCAUCUCCACAAUCGAAACCAACAACAAACAACACCAAGACAACAAAGAAUGUCUCCCUCGGGACCACAGACGCGCGAAACCACGCUCCGCCAUGUAACGCACAGCUUCUGCAACGCCCUUCUCUCCCCACCACCGUCCCCCUCUGAUCUACUGGCCCAGUUCUUCACCUCGACGCCUACAAUCCACGAACAUGGCCCUAGCUUUGCAACGCCACGCCUACCGUUCCUGGGACACGCUUUCACGGGCUUCGAAGCAUGCGAGUCGUACUUUGCGCUUCUCGACAAUACGCUCUCCAUGGAGCUACCGGCGGAUGCAUUUCCGGGGCCCGAGGGAUUCGUAGUCGAUGUCGAUGCGGUGGUGGCAGGUGUUCAAGGCAAGGGAGUGGUGAAUGUGGUUGGGAAGGGGCGGUUUGAGAGCAAGAAGAGUGGGGAGGGGUGGGAUGAAGUGUUUGGGUAUCGGUUUAGUGGGUUUGAUGACGAGGGGAGGUUUGAGAGGUGGGAGAUUUGGGCUGAUCCUUUGAGUGCGUGGGUUGCUGUUGGGGAGUGAGUGAGUGCGUGUGUGAAGAGGGCGAUAUGGAGAGGAACCUAGGGCAUGUCGAAUGGUUGUUUUGACGGCAUCGACCGCAGAUCGU